ACAGGUCUUCGGCGAACGAAGACUUUGCAACAUGAAGUUUUCGGUUGUUCUAGUGGCCUCAUUGGCCGUGGUAGCUUUAGCUAAGGAAGAAAAGAAAGCCACAGAGAAGCAAGUGGCACCAGAGGAGAAAAAGCAGGACAAACGAGGCAUUUACGACACCGGAUCCUAUGGCGGCGGAAGCGGUUACGACUUCGGCGGCGACGGAGGUCACGGCUACGGCGGCGGCGACGGCGGACACAGCUUCGGCGGCGGCGACGGCGGCCACGGCUUCGGCGGCGGCGACGGCGGACACAGCUUCGGCGGCCACCAGGAGAUCAGCCUAGGAGGAGGACACGGAGGCCACGAGGGUCUCAGCUUCGGAGGCAGCUACGGCGGCGGCUACGGCGGCGGCCACGAGAGCUACGGCCACGGAGGCGGUGAAUUUGGUGGAGUUUCCGGGGACUCGUGGAAACCCAUAUCAAGUGAUCAUGGCCAUCAUCACGUCAAGACCGUCGAGGUGAUCAAGAAGGUGCCCGUGCCUUACACCGUCGAGAAGCACGUGCCCUACACGGUCGAGAAGAAGGUCCCAUACGAAGUCAAGGUACCCUACCCCCAGCCCUACACCGUUGAAAAGAAGGUUCCAGUCACUGUUAAGGAGUACGUCAAGUACCCCGUCCACGUGCCCGAACCCUACGUCGUGGAGAAGAAGGUCCCUUACGAAGUCAAGGUCCCCGUUGACAGGCCCUUCGAAGUCAAGGUCAAAGUGCCCACACCUUACACCGUAGAAAAGAAGGUACCUUACGAAGUCAAGGUUCCCGUCCCUCAACCCUACACCGUCGAGAAGAAGUACCCGGUUCCGGUGAAAUACGAGGUCAAGGUUCCCCAGCCCUACGAGGUCAUCAAGAAGAUCCCCUACGAAGUCAAGGUACCAGUCGACAAACCUUACAACGUGUACGUGCCUAAACCCUACCCGGUACCUGUCGAGAAGCCCUACCCGGUGACUGUCCACAAGCCGGUGCCCUACGAAGUCAAGGUGCCCGUCGACAGGCCCUACAAGGUCGAGGUCGAGAAGCCCUACCCCGUCCCGGUGAAGGUGCCGGUACCCAAGCCCUACGACGUGUACAAGAAGAUCCCCUACACCGUCGAGAAGAAGGUGCCCUAUGAAGUCAAGGUGCCCAUCGACAAGCCCUACCCCGUCUACAAGGAGGUCCCGGUUCCUCUGGUGAAGGAGGUCCCCUACCCCGUGAAGGUGCACGUACCUUACCUCAUCAAGAAGGAGCAGGAGCACCACCACCACGGCUGGCACUAAGUUCAACCUUAAACUAGGUCACCCAGUACCUUAUAGAAUAAGUUCAAAUUGUGAUGAUUUAGUAUUAGAAUGUCGCUUUGAUCUGAUAGUAUCCUCGUCGUAGGGACGCAACUGUUAUAUGGAGAUUAAAUUAUCGUGUGUGGAGUGUGCAAUCAGGUAGCUGUUACUUCGCCUAUUUGUAAUGCCUUGUUAGGACGUAAGUUCGCUUUUAUACUGUAUGUUGAGGCUGAUAAAAUAAAAUGUUAUAU